GAAAAAAGACCUUAUUAGUUUGGAAAAUUAUAUUCAUACUGUGGUUAAGGUUUUAUCAGCGGUAAAUAUGGGCGAUGUCUAUUAUUCGUUUCAAAUAUAAUUUAAUAAGGAUUCAUUAUUCCACACACAAUAUUACUCUACGAACCAUUCUCACGUGAAAAACAAACUCAUGUUAACUAAUAGCUUAACACUGCGCACAUUCAUUCACUGGAGAGAAAGCAGCACGAGUGAUUCCUCCAUAUUUAGAUCGCUUCAAGUUAAUUGAUGAAUGAAGUUAACAUUUUUAAAGCCAGAUAAACUGAGUGAUUUUUCCUGGAAGAGAUUGGCUGUCUCACACGAGCCCGGUGUAAACCCUCGAAUGAAUUUAUAGUGUCUGCAUGCUUCGCUACUUCACUCCAAUUGUCCGCAGGCUGCAGAUGCUCUUCGCCAAUCCAGCACUGCAGGUGCAGUUUAUGCUGGAGGUGGUAAUAGUAGUUCUGGCUAGACAUCAUUCUCUUUGCUUGUAUUAUUUCCUCACACAGAGGUUUUUUUUUUCUGCUUACCCCUCUUGAUUUUGCUCUAGUGCUGCCGUGUGAGGUGUUGGAUUCAUUGGAUCCCGCAGUCUGACCGGCUUUGCGGUGCCUCUUCAAGAACAUCAUCUACAGCAUUAUCUUUAGUGGAAAUAUGACGAACAGUUCCGUGUGCUGCCGCAUCAUGUUGACAUAACUCUGCUAAAGAACUGAAAAUAAUGUAUAGCCGAAGAGGAGCGAUGAUAUGAAUUAACUCUUUGAUGUGAAGGGAAUCUGGAACGGGAUUUUCUACUGCAUUUACUGCCGAGGAAACACUGGAAUGAGGCUCCAAACACGUUUCUUGUCGCUGUGAGUUUUCUUGUUGAAGUUGGUUUUGCUCAACAAUGGAAAAAUGAAUUGGAAAGGAUAUUCUGAUAAGUGUUCCUUAGAGAUGGAUGGAAGAUUUUCCAACCUUUUAUGAAUCUUUUCGUGGUGACUCUGGAAAGGUGGAGCGAUCAGGAAAAGCUAAUGACGGACCUAUUAAUCCAUCAGAAGCACCAGAGGGGUUUAGAAACGUUUGGAUGGAAAUGUUUACAUCUUUUUCUGGUUUUAUACGAAACUACUAACGCAUAGUUGUGGAUCUCUGCUGGAAUCUCCAUUGUCAUUGAUUAAUAUAGUGAAAUGAAUUCAGGGCUGUUGACAUGCUGUGAUUUCUUUUUUCUUUUUGCAAAUAUCCAUCUUUUCUUCUGAAAGUAUUCCGCUCUAAAUGGAAUUAGUUGAGAAAGCCCUUUGUGAAAGGAAUAGACAUGGUACAUGGGAACAGGUUCCUUCACGUUGUUGCAGGUCUUCUCAUGCUUGGGUUGUCUGGGGCAACAAAGAAGGAAGCAGUGAAAAACAAUUCAGGAGUACAGCCGGCAGGGCAGUGUGGAACCUGGGUGAAAGAACCAGAGGGAGGUCUUUUCACCUCACCCAAUUACCCAAACAAAUAUCCCCCAGAGCGAGAAUGCAUCUACAUCAUUGAAGCUCCCCCGAGACAAUGCAUUGAUCUUUUCUUUGAUGAAAAGUAUUCAAUAGAGCCUUCAUGGGAAUGUAAAUUUGACCAUAUUGAAGUCCGGGACGGGCCCUUUGGCUUUUCUCCAAUAAUUGGACGCUACUGCGGCCAGCAAAGCCCUCCAUAUAUCAGAUCGAGCGGCCGCUACCUAUGGAUAAAAUUUGUUGCGGAUGGUGAAUUGGAAGCCAUGGGAUUUUCUGCGAGCUACAAUUUCACAGCAGAUCCUGACUUUAAAGACAUAGGAGUCCCCAAACCUCUUCCCUUUUGUGAAUUCGAGAUGGGAGGACCUGAAGGCAUCAUUGAAUCGCAGCAGAUCACCAAAGACGGCAAAGCCUUGCAGACAGAGGCAGUGGACUGCAAGUGGUACAUCCGUGCCCCUCCUCGUUCCAAAAUCUACUUGCGUUUCCUAGACUACGAGAUGCAGAACUCCAAUGAGUGUAAACGUAAUUUUGUGGCGGUGUAUGAUGGCAGCAGCUCGGUGGAAGACUUGAGGAGUAAGUUCUGCAGCACGGUGGCCAACGACGUCAUGCUGGUGACCGCGCUGGGCGUGGUUCGCAUGUGGGCCGACGAGGGUAGCCGAAAGAGCCGCUUCCGUAUACUCUUCACAACCUUCCAAGAGCCUCCCUGUGAGGCAGAUACUUUCUUUUGCCACAGUAACAUGUGUAUCAACAACACGCUGGUGUGCAACGGAGUCCAGAAUUGUGUCUACCCUUGGGAUGAGAACCACUGCAAAGAAAAGCGGAAAGCCAACAUCCUGGACAACCUGAAUAACACCAACGGCACCAUCAUUGGCGUGACGUGCUGCAUCGUACUGAUCCUACUGGUUGUAUCGGUGAUCGUUCAAAUCAAGCAGCCACGGAAGAAGUACAUACUAAGGCGAGAAGACUUUGACCCCACCAUGUUCCAGGAGGUGUUCCAGGAGCCGCCGCAUUAUGAACUCUGCACUCUCCGCAGCGCGGCGGCCACAUCCGCAGACCUGGCCGAGCUGGCCGAGGACUUUGAGAGCUACCACAAGCUGCGGCGCGCAUCCUCGCGUUGUGUCCACGAGCAUCACUGCGGUUCCUCACAGCUGUCCAGCAACAAGGGCAGCCGCACUAACCUGAGUGCCCGUGAGGCGGCGGCGGCCAUCCUGACGGACCUUCCACCACAACCCAUGCGGCCGCUUCCUCCCCAAACCAACCGCAGGAACAUUCUGGUAAUGAGACACACCUACUCACAAGAUGCCGCAGAUACCUGUGACCUGGAUGAUGACCUGGAAGAAGUGCCCACCACUAGCCACAGGCUGUCCAGACACGAGAAAGCAGUGCAGCGGUUCUGCCUCAUUGGGUCUCUAAACAAACAUGAAUCUGAGUACAACACAACUAGGGUGUAACAGACAAUCUGAAGACAAAAUGUCAUCUGAAGUGGAAGGCACAAAGGCUGUCACAUCAUUUCCUAGACCUCUCUUUACUGACAUCUUGUGGAAGCAGCCUCAAAGAACUUGAAGGGGUGCAACAUAGUGACAAGUUUGCUUUUUUGUAAAUUUGAAGAAUUUUAUGGGAGACAUCUUGACACCAACUUGUGUUCUAAAAGUAGCCGAUACUGUGAAGCUCUUGGGGACUAAACAAUUUUUCAGACACUGGACUGAAACUGAAUAUACAAACUGAUGUACAUUUUUCAUUCAGUGGAAUAUGAAUCAGACAUGUUUUUGUUUCCUCUGAUUUGAUGAUUGUAAUGCUCAGAUUAUUUUUUAAUACAAACUGUAAUGUCCUGAGUAGGUGCAUAACCUUUUUACUUUGCAAGAAGCAUAGAUCAAGACCUUUAAAAUAUUGUCAAACCAUACGGUACCAUACUUGAACCAACUGAUAAACAGGUGUAGUUUGUAAUCCUCCUGGUCAGGGGUGAUUUUACUGUGACUAUCUGACUAGCAUCUCAGAUGUUUAAACUCAAGACUCACACAAGAGUUCUCUUAAUGUUCAACAUUAAGGUAAAUUAUGGUCAUGUCUAUGCAUACAGUAAAAUAUAAGCAAGAUUUUUAGAGAAUUGGUAUCAAGUUGCUUACUGAUAAUCAAUGUCAGAAUAUUUCCCUUCUACUUACAAUUUGAGAAACAGAAACCUAUUAAUUUGACAACGUAUUUAGUUAAUAUAUUUGAUUGAUGCUGGACAGAUUGUUUAAAUAAAGUGCAACAAACUUGA